CCUCGCUGGUAUUUUGGGCUGGAUUCGUGUAAAUAAAUGACCGCGUAUGUUCGUCUCGGAGCGAUUUUCUGCCGGCAAAACUUCAUGAUCAACAAGGGCGCUCUAUCAUCACUCAGAUUCAUCCGUAUUCCAUUCCGAAUUCCAAAACAAUGUCGACUCUCAACCAGGGCAGUACCGUGGUAUCUAAGCCCCAGGCUCUGAGCCCAGCAUCGGUUGAGGCGUGUUUGAGGUCGAAUGAAUAUCCAAGCAACCUGCCCCGAAACUCCAUGUCCAGAAGGGUCCUGAAGGAAUACCAAACACAGCUUGAAAGCCGCGGAAAGACACUAUUUGUGCACAGCGAAGUGUCAAAAAACAACCCAACGAUUCCUUCUCAAGAUCUUUAUUCAUGGACUAUUUUGCAGGCACAAGAUGAUGAAGAUUACACCAAAAGCUAUUCCUGUCAGCUGCCAGAGCUAGAGUCCCAACUUUCUACACAAGGAAAGGAGGAUCCGCGAUGCCGCCUCAUUUUCAUCGAGUCCAUCUCGUCCAAUAGGCCACUUGAUGGCUCGCGACAGAUGAUGAGAUAUCUCCUCUCUUACCAUCACGUGUCGCCCAGGUUUCUUGACCUUUUGUUCCUGUUCUGCAGACGACGUCUCCCACCAAACGACACCAGCUUUGUCCACAGCGCGUCUUUCUAUCAAGAUAACCUGGUGGAUAACCUUUGUAGUCCGACAAGAUAUGCCAUUCCGCCUCUCGGUCGGUCCGGUAGGCAGCUCCGCUUAUGUUACAACUUUUGGGCCGCCGAGACGAACGGGGUCGGCGAGGGCGAGCCGGGGUGGUUCUUCCGGCAGACGGCCACGUACCACUCGCUGGAUGUCGAGACGGGCAAGAGCUUUUGGAUCAAUGUCAAGGCCAACGACGUCAUGGGGCGCAGGAUGGAAGAGAUCGUCGAGGAUGAGGCGAGGCCGUCGAAAAGCUCACCCAGGGACGAACAAGUCUCAAGAGCGCUGCUGAACUCGCUGGACCUGCACAUGGUCGCCGCUGAGUGGUCCACAGAGUGCUGGCCGGGCUUCACUCAGGACAUUGAGGCUGAGCUCAGCGCCAUCAUGGGUGCCCUGGAAAACGUCCCAGUGUCCAAACUGGAAGAAGCGUUAAACGUCGACACCGCAGAGCUUUUGAGGGAAAUAAUCACGCCGGGAGGACAGCGCGAUGGCAUCAUCAAGGCUCUGAGGAAGGCCACGACGGGCAUGGACGGGUCGACGACUUCACCAGGUCAAGGUUCCCAAGGCCACCAGGGCUGCGGAAUCCCGCUCGAUAUUCUACGGGGGACGACCCAAAAGCUGAACGAGCUCGUCUCUGGAUCCCGCCCAAUCGACGACUGUCCUACCAUAAUUGACCCCUUCCGAUAUCUAGAAGGGUUCAGGUUUGAGCAGUUGCAGCGGUUGAGCCGGACGGGUGCCAGACUACACCAGGCAAGCCUCAUCAUGGAGAUGAACAUCAACGUCUUGUCGGAGCUUGUUGGAUUCUACACGCUGCUGCAGGAAGCGGACGAGCUCCCGAGGCGGCUGAGAAGCAAGAUCAAGGGCGGGGUGCGCACCUUCCAAAAACGAGUCGAGUGCCGCAUCAAGACGAUCAAGACGGAAAAGGCCCGCAUUGAGGUGCUGCAGGAGACGGUGGCUAGCGGGAAGACUCUUUGCGAAUCCAUCAUACAAUUCAGAAAUAUGGGCAUCAGCCAGUUGUUUCUCAUUGCGGCGCACCAGACGGCGGCCGACAUGCGCAAAAUUGCGGACAAGACCGAGCGGGAAACUGCGUCGAUGCACAUAAUAACGCUGGUCACGUUGAUCUUUCUGCCUGGCACGUUUGUGGCUACAUUCUUUGGCAGUGGCCUCUUUCAGUGGGAUGACAACGACCCAGAACUAGAGUUUCCACGGUGGAAGCCCGAGUACUUCAAGCUUUUUGCCGGGAUAUGUUUCCCGCUCAUGACCAUCACUAUCCUUGGUUGGUUGAUGGCCUCUUCGUUUGGGGCAAAAAAGAGCCGGGUGACGACGGAGCUCAAGACCGACUUGGGGGAAACGCCCAAAAGCACAGUGGUAAAAAGUAGAUGGUGGUUCAACAAAGGUGUGGUGGGGGUUCCGGCUUGGGUAAAAAGAUGCCGCAGGGGCACCGCCCAACAGGGUGUCCUUCCCUCGUAGCUUGCUAAUUUCUUUUUGUUUAGUGAUCUUUCUUUUGGGUCGGGGUAGUUGUCUUUCGGAUUGACCUUGGCGAUUGAUUAUCUACUUGGAUUAAUAGGACCAGAUUGAUCAAAGAUGAACCUGGAUUCUAAUCUGCAGGUGCAAUUCGCACAUUCUAGAGCACACCCCACUGCUUUGAACGAUACGAUCCUUUGUGCUCCCAUGCGACUGUUACCGGGUUUCUUGUAUGCGCUAGACCAGCCAG